AUGGGCAGCCCCCCCGCAAUCACUGUAACUGAUCAAGAUCCGGCGAUGAAAGUUGCAAUUGCACAGGAAUUCCCUGAAACGCGUCAUCGGUACUGCAUGUGGCAUAUAAUGACAAAGGUGGGUGAUAAAGUGGGCACUGACCUAGCGAGGAACGAAGAGUUUAGACGGGAGCUAAAUACUGUAGUAUGGAACGACGCCUCAACUACUGCAAAUUUCGAGCAUGCAUGGAAAGCUGUAAUGGAAAAAUAUGCCAUAACUGAAAAUUCGUGGCUGAAACAUAUGUAUGAUGAGCGUGCGUCAUGGGUUCUUGCGUGUUUUGAAGGAGUUUUUAUGGGCGGAUUACUACGUACUACAUCCCGGUCCGAGGCUGAGAAUAGAAUUUUCAGAAGCAAUACUAACAAGCACCUUUGCCUUACAGAAUUCUUCAUCCGAUUUGAGAGUACAGUGCGAAAGCAACGGAUCACGCACGCACAUCUUAGUGGUGCCAGCAACGCACAGACUCCCCUUUUCAAAACACCACUGGGAAUUGAACGACAUGCAUCCGAACUGUACACACUAACAGUUUUUUAUGAUGUCCAGGAGGAAAUUAUUGCAGGUUGUUUUGAAUGCCGGGUAAGAGCAGUGACAAUCGGUGACGGCAUCAAGACUUAUGAGGUGGAUGAUAAGCGCGGGACACAGUACGGUUUGACCGUUGAGGAUGUGACAAUGAUUACGCACUGCCCCUGCCGAAUGUAUACAAGGAUUGGUCUAUUGUGUCGACACGCUUUUGCAGUGCUAAUAUACGAGAGGGUUGAUACCAUACCGCCGCAACAGAUCACCCCGCGAUGGACACGCAACGUAAUAACAGAAUAUGAAGAUGAACUGAGGAAGUAUGGAUAUGGAGGGGCCAUAACGGGUAAUGAAGCAUCAGAUGUAAUAAACACGUUCUACAGUUGUUUGGGGAUUGCCAAGGGGGACAGUUUAAAAUUGCAACAAAUGUGUUCUGUUUUAUCGGAUAUGGAGACAACUUGGUGCGGGCACGAAGAAGUCCAAGUGGAUGCAGCUAGUGGGAAACAAGCGAUCAUGGAGUCUUACUGUGGCGUACCCGCACCUGAGACGAUUACUGUGCACCAACCACCGGUGACAAGCAACAAAGGGUCGGGUAAACGGAUGAGGUCUGCUAAAGAGCUGGCAAUGAAGGAGCAAAACAGGAAGAAGCGCACGUGCAAAACUUGUGGCAUGGCAGAUGGGCAUAACAGUAGAAGCUGCCCGCAGAAGUAG